CUGUAAGGAAUGCGUGUGCAUCGGAUCUUUUUCGCCGCAUUAGUUCUCGUUCUCCAAUGCACCUCCCAGGCCAAGCCCAACAGGUCAGCCACAUUGCCAGAAGAGAGGAAGAUCUCUCCAGUGCUGCAGGCGCAGAUCUCUCUCUGUACAUGGUGUGUUGUGUGAUGCGCAGGAAAAAGGUCAGCCGGGCAUUUUUCCAUCGCAUCCGCUCAGCCGACGGCACCGGCAGCAAGAUCAGUAAGCCGCCACAAGAACUCCAACACACUCCGUUUCCCCUCGUGUGUUUGGCCCUGCAGAUGCCCUCCGUCAUUCGUUGGAUGCCCUUCGCAGCCGCGUCAACCGCUUCAAGAAGCUGCUGCUCGGUGCCGAGCGGGUGUUGCAGUCCGAUGAGGCCAUCGUGCGCCGCAGUCAUCUGGCGCAUGGGAAGAAGAGAGGCUUGCACGGGCAGAUCCCGCUGGAGAACAAUGACGACUCGAGUGUGCAGGACUGGGCCGACGACCUCGUCAGCGACCCCGGCGAUAUCAUGGACGCCGGCGACAUGAUGGCUGGAGGGGCCCAAGGGGAGAAAGAGCACACCACCCACCACCCGCCGCCAGAGACGCACCAUAAUGACGCCUCCUAUCCCCCUCCUCCCCCGCCACCCCCACCUCACGACCCCUACUAUGCGCCUCCCUCGCCGCACAUGGACUACUACCCACCCCCGCUUCAUACAGAGGAGAACUCACCCCAUCCGCCGCCGUAUGAGCACUAUCCGCCCCAUCAUGACCAUCACCACCACUACGAUCAUGGCCAUUCUUACGACCCGGCACACACCCACGACCCCAGCAUGUACCCGCCGAUGGUGACACACGAGCCCGACUACAUCGAUGUGAAUGACGAGGCCCACAUGGGCCACGUGGAGCACUACCACCACGACAUGGGGGAGUGGCACGAGCACAUCGACAACGGCACGUAUGAACCCUUCCACGCUAUGGACAGCUACCAUGUCGAGACCAUCUGGGACUAUGGCCUCAUGGUGAGGCGAGAAAAAGAUAUAGACAGACAUGCUCGUAUGCCUCACGGUGUCUUCGCGCGCGUGUGUGUGUGUUCAGAAUCCCGGUGCUCCUUUGUAUGUGAUGGAUCUGGGUUUGGACGCUCACUACGCCAAGGUCAUCAUGCCACAUAACCCAAACCCGGUCAGUCAGCAAGACACGCACAAACACAUACAUUGAGACUCAGGGAUCUUGCUAUUCGUCCCCGAUCUGUAGGUUGUGAUAGCGGGAAUGCCGACAGCGUGGGGUGAGCCUGAGGUCGUGGUUCGCAUCAGCGAGGUGACGCCGGAGUCGUUCCUUGUCCAUCUGGAGGAGAGCUCCUGCCUAGAUCAGUGGCACGACUGGGAAAAUGUCGACAUUAUGGUUGGUGGGGGCAAGCAGGAAUGGGUGCCUGCUGCUUUGAGGAGAAGGGCACGUCACAUAUGUGUGUGUGUGUGUGUGUACUUGUGUGUACUUAUUGUGUGUGCCAGGUGCUGGAGGCAGGGAAUGGGCGAGACCUGAACGGCAUCCAAUACUGGGGUGGGUAUACUGUCACGAAAUGUUCUCAUACAGUCAGUCACAUGAGCAUCUCCUUACCUCCCCCCUCCCCCCUCCCCCCUCCCGCUCUGUCUGUCUGUCUGCCUGUACAGCUGGCAAGACCUUCAUCCCCGGCGACCAACAAUGGCAUCACAUCCACUUCCCCGACAUGCUCGACCAGCCGAAAGUCUUCGUACAGGUCCGCACAUGCACGCGUCACUCAAUCAAACGAAGGAACCUCUGGCCCAUUCUCUUCCCCCGUUUGUCCGGAUGUGUGUGUGCAGGUGCAGACGAUGGCGUCCGACAGGAUGUUUGUCAAGGCCCGUGUGCGCAACGUGACGGAACUUGGGUUCGAGGUGGCUCUCGAGACCGAGGGGAUCGACCUCGUCAACGAGGACGAGCCCGACACAUUCAUGGGCGAAGGUCAGCUGACUGACGAGACACCUUCCUGUCGCUCUCACUGUCCCCUCGAUUCCCCCGACUCACGCCAAUGUGCAGACGUUGGGUGGGUCGCAUUUGUCGGCUCCGAGGGCAGCUGGAUCGACGGCGCAAAAGUCAGAGUCGGAGAAACGGUAUUGACAGGCAGAUAAUAGGAGGAGACAUUUACGUGUGUGACGAUGUUUUCGCGUGUGUCUCAGCACGACGUGGGGUCGCACUGGCACUCGAUCAGCACACACGAGUUUACGGGAUGGCCGUGGGUUUUCGGGAGCAUCACGUCAUUCGACAGCAAACAGGCAGCACGUAACCAAUCCGACACGAGAUGCGUCUCCUCUGAUUGCGAUUGUGUCGGUGUAUGUGUGUAUGUACGGUGCUGCAGAUUUGCGCAAGGACGGCAUGUCGAUGGACAGCCAGCACUUCUCUGUCAAAGUGCAGAACGAAUCGUGCACCGACCCGUUAGGCACUUUCACAGAUACAAACACACACAAGGCCGCCCCACUGCUUGCCUGUCUGUUUGCAGCGACGAGAUAGAUGGCCCUGCGGGCGGCGAGUCAGUGGCGUGGAUCGCAUUCGACGCACCACGUAACACAGACACACAGACACACAGACACACAGACACACAGACACACAGACACCCACACACACACACACACACGGGGAGAGAGGGAGAGGGAGAGAGACAUAUGGGGACACACGGCUGCCUGCAUAUGGAACAUGCCCUGGUGUCUCCUCUCUCAGGGUGCUUCCCCUGUCCUCCCUGCUACUGUCGCCCUCCGCCCCCACCAAAUGAAUGCGAUGGUGAGAAGAAAGAAAGACCUGAGCUGUCAGUGGUCCGUAUGCGGCCCUUCCGUGCUUCCCUCAGACACGAAGGCCCAGCUGGCAGCGGAGCUACAUACAUACGAAGCCAUCCUCGACCAAAUCGUAAGCGGCACGCACACAUCCACCCAACCAGACACACGCAAACCCCGCCCCAUCUCCGUGUGUGCCUUUUGCUGCCCGCGUAUGUGCAGUGGGAGGAAAUGAACAAGAAGAUCCACGCCAUCACGGCAACAGAGGCCCACCUCAUGGCCGCCGGCUGCGCCCCAGCCGACUACCCCGGCCCACCACACGACUAUGACGACGGCGGAUGGAUGUCAUUCACACAGAGGACGGCAAAGCAGCGGAGACACAUCCAUCACAAUCACCGCGCCACAAUGCGACAAAGGGGCGGUGUUGGGUCGGGUGCGUCGAGGGCCACUGAUUGGGUGAACGACCGGAGGCGUCGAGAGAGGGCCAUGCAGCUGAGGCAGAGGCAUGACCCGGGCGCCCACGACCACCACGAUUACUACGAGUGUCCGAUGUGCGACAUGUGCCACUGCCCCGCACCGCCGCCACACGAGGAGCAGUGCUGGUGUAAGGCAGACGACACACACACAUACACACACACACACACGUGUGUGCAGGGGGAAAGAGGUGAAGGCAUGGUGUGCUGGUCCUGUUGUUAUCUGCAGAUGACGUCAUGGAGAUGCAGUAUGAUCUGUCUUACUUCCAAAUGGACAUUAACAACUUCGUAAGACAGCAAAGACACACACAGACCUGUUGUCAUUGUCAAUAUCUCCAUCUCCAUCUCAUCUAUCUCUCUGUGUGUGUGGCUGGCUGCAUUCAGGAGUGGGAUUUGAUGAACAUGGAGCACUACUUGACGUGGAUCAAGGACCAGCGGCAGGAGUGCAAGACACACCAGGAGGAGACACAGAGCCAGGGGGCCUGCGCAGGCCUCGACCACGGCAACUGCACACAAUACUCUUACUGUGCAUACCUCACCUUCCCACUCCCCAACCACACCGUCACCGGAUGUGUCGACUGGCGGUCAUUCGCAGGUCAGCGACCCCAGCAGAGAAAACGUCAACAUGAGCAGACACGUGUGUGUGUCUCUCCCUUUUCAUCAGAUCGUGAGUUCGACACCUGCAAUGACUUCAGCCACUCUCUUUUCGGCUUCCUGAAUCUACACUCGCCCAACGUGAUGCACAUCCCACCUGGCCAUGGACCCAUCUACACGGAUAACUUCGACCCCCACAACACCGAGCAUCCCCACCCAUCACACGAGACGGAAUACGACGUCGGCAGCGCCGACCAGCCGACGGCAGAGCCCUACGAACAUUUCCCCAGCGACAUGCCGCACCAUCCCUCGCCACCCCCUCCUCACGAUGACGGGUCUUACUAUUCCCCUCCCCCACCCCCACACACUGACUACUACCCGCCCCCUCCCCCACCCCCUCCUGCUGACCACUCGCCGCCACCAGAAGAGUAUGAGGAUUAUCCUCCAGGCCCGCCACACGAGGGAGAGCAUUCACCCCCGUCGCCCCCUCCACCAGCAGCAGCAACGGAUAGCAGCCCCCAUCCCCCGAUGGCCAUGAUGAUGCCCACCCGCCUCCACUCUCAUCUGUACGCCUCGGCGAUGCACAUCCCCGACCCAGGCCACCCUGGCGAGCACCCCCCGGCACAUAUGAGCGACGGAGGCUUUGGCGCUUCCUCGGUCGAGUGCGGCACGGGUGGGGGCGACUCGUGGUUGUACUGGAUAGCCAGUGGCGACAUCAUCGACGACUCCCUGGGGUGGGACGGCCAUGACGAUAACGUCACUGAUGCGGGUGGGUUCUCAGGUGUGGUGCAGAGACCCGUGCUGCACCGGGUGGCCAACGGGAGGGGAGAGGGGGCCAGGCAAGGCAGAUAGACACACAAGGGUAGACAGGGCUUUGCUUGAGACGGCCUCUGUAAGCCAGUCAGCCCGUUUUCGGCAGGGCGUUUGAAUGAAUGUUGUUGAGGCUUUGGUAGUGAGGUGUUUGACUGUCUGCACGAGAGACUGAUGGAUG